AUGAGUAUACUUCAAGGGAGAGAAGAUAUUUUCUUAGACUGCAGACAGAAAUUUUGGAAUACGUAUAAGACUGGGCUGAUGUACUGGCCUUUUGUGCAACUGUCCAACUUCAGCCUGGUCCCGGUGUACCUGAGGACUGCAUACACUGGACUGUGUGGUUUUAUCUGGAUGUCUUUCCUGUGCUUUUCACAACAAUGUGGCGAUGGCACUGUAACAUCUGCUUUUAGGCUGUUCCGGGAAGAGAAGGCCAACACGGAUGAGAAAUCACUAGAGAAAUAAAGAGGUCAUUGUUACAAA